AUGAAUAUUACAGAUAACAAGGUACCUUCUAAAAAAAAAAGUGUUAAGACAAAUUCAGAAGAAAAAAAUGAAACAUCUACCAGCGUAGAAGAAGGAACAAGUGGAUUAAAUCAAACAGCAGAAGAUCAAUUUGUAUUAGAACUUUAUUGGUGUAUUCAAGAAUUAGAAUCGACUUUAGUGAAAGGAAACUUACAAGCUAAACAAGAACAGGAUAUCUUAAAAAGUGUAAAUAUUUUAAAAAGUAAUACCGCGCCUUUGAUUAAAAAAAGACAAAUUAUGAGAAAUAAAUUAGGAGAUUAUAGGAAGAAAAUGAUUCAAGACGAACAGAAACUUAAAAAACAAGUAGCAUUCGUUACGUUUACAAAUAAAACAAGAUUAAAUAAAAAAUCUGUAUUUUUAAAGAAAGCUACUAUUAAUGUUAAACAAAGUUCUGUUAAAAUUGAUAACGAAUCGCAGGAACACUUACAAGAUUCGUCAGAUAAUAAGGAUAGUUGUAAAAUUGAUAAGGACAGUUCGAAAGAGUUUAGGUUUAACUUUCAAAGUGUAAAUUAAGCAUGUUUCCAUAUAAACUUAACUAAUAAAAGUUUUGUUUUUAUAUUUAUAAA